UGGCGACUUGUCCAGACACUACUUGGCUUCUGUCAAUUUGAGUAGUUAGCAAAAUGGGUGUAGUGGUUUUACUUGCUACUCUAUUAGUGGCUGUUGCAGCGUUGCCAGCAAAUAGGCCGGAACCUGGUGAAUUAGCCUUCUUGCUGAGCGAGGAUGCUUUUGAGGACUAUCUGGACGCAUGGCUUGCUAUGGAAGAACAGAAAUUCGCCAACAGAACUGCCAACAUUGAUUUGCGAAGUGGUUGUAGCUUCAGAGUUAACGGUGAUUUAGGCCAACCUCAGCCUGUGUACCUCCUCGGCAAUAAUUUUCUGCACGCCAACGGCAACACGGGCCAGAUUCGUGUCAACAGUGGCCAGCAAAUCCGCGUGAGCUGUCCCGGCAGUGGACGCAGCCUUCGCCAUACGAACAUAGCCUCCACAGUUCACACUGCUACUGCGACCUGUGUAAACAAUAACCUUGUGUCUGGAGUAGGGUGGCUUCAUGGUAAUAGUGAAUUUGGUGGACUCACCUGUUCAGCUGAGGCUUUUCAUGAGGCCCAAGCAACGGGCGGCAGAUGUUUCAACAACAAUAUUGUUAUUAGAGUUGGUUUUGUCGUUGAUAAUGUUUUCCGUACAUGGUACCAAUCAUGUUUCGACCAAAAUCGUUUGGAAGUGCUAUAUGUUUGGUACAACCAAGAUGCCACAAACGCUGUUCAUCAGAAUAAUGUGGCUCGACCAAGUUGGCUGGCUGGUAGCUUCUUCCCGGGGGUAAACAUCAAUAGUGUAUACACACAAGUUCAACAGAAACAAGCUAUUGCAAGGAUCGUUGGGCAAGCUAUGGCCGACCGUUAUGUGACCAGUACUCAGUUCUUGGCUCGGGGUCACCUCACGGCUAAGAGUGAUUUUGUCUUUGCGACUGCUCAACGUUCUUCGUUUUACUUCAUCAACGCUGCUCCUCAAUGGCAACCUUUCAACGCUGGAAACUGGAACUGGCUCGAACAGAAUCUUCGUGCCCGUAUCGGUCAGGCAGGUUACAACACCGUAAUAUAUACUGGUACCUUCCGUGUCACUCAACUCCGUGACGGAGGUGGUAUACUGCGUGAUAUCUUCCUCCAUGAAUCGGGGAAUACUCGUCAAGUUCCUGUGCCGUUAUAUUUCUAUAAGGUGGUCUAUGAUGCAAGCCGUCGCCUUGGAACUGCGUUCGUCAGUAUUAACAAUCCGUACUACACCGCCGCCGAGGCACGCAGUCUUCAGUUCUGCACGGACCGCUGCCGGAACAACAACGCCUUCAGCUGGCUCCGCUGGCAACCCGACAGGGUCGACAUCGGUUACAGCUUCUGCUGUACUAUACCUGACUUCAGAAGGGUUAUAGGGCACAUUCCUAAUUUUAUCGUCAACGGCCUUUUGACAUAAGUUAAAAAUGGUUCCAAACAUUUUGACAUAAUUAUUCAAGUACUGUGAUAGUUAACAUAAAAGAUUUAAGUGUCUGUGGCAUUGUUUUUUAAUUAUAUCUAGUAUUAAUGACGUUAUUCUACUUAAUUAGUUUCGAUAACCGAUAAUUAGAUAUUAAAUAAGCAUAACAAAGUAAGAAUGGAGAUAAGUCUAAAUGAUUAAUUAAAAAUAGGUACCUUUUCCAAAUUUAUUUCGGAUUAACACGUGUACAAAUUAUCUGGUAAUUGUGGUAUUUAAAAUGAUAAGUAAACUUUUUUAUUAUUAUCAAUAUUGCAUUGUUUAGAUUAAAAUAUUUUAUGAUUUUCGUACGCGGAUAUAAUUUCGUUCGUGGCGUUGCUUGUUAAGUAGGGAGUAUUGGCGUUAAUAAUUAGUAACAGUUACGCUGAUAUGAUGAUGUUGACUCCCUCGAUCAGUGCUUUGAGAUUGCUUUUGAAUAUCUGUGAAACUUAUUCAACCACUGAUGGCAUAUUUUAUAAUACCACAAUAUCAUAUUUAAGGCAGACGGAAAGACUCCUGAAACCGUGCCCUCUGUUAUAAUAUAUUGAUUUGACCCUUGGUCAUAUUGUUAUAGACACUGUAAAGGAUAACGCUGACCUUGAAAGGGAGUGAAGGUCUAAGAGGGUUAGUUGGGCCGUAGGUUAGCUCGAUGUUGUGACACUGUAAAAUAACUCUUUUUAAGUCUUUUUGUACAUCGUUCGACUCGAGCAGCUUAUGGGUUAAUUUUACCCAAAAAUCAUACAGUGUCCUUUGUGUCCAAUACCAUAGUGCUGUCAGAAAACUGCUGCAGCUGCCACGAUAUUGUGGUGGUUCGGGAAUGGUCACAGAUACGCAGGUCGACAUUUUCCCGGGCCUUUUGCACAAAAAGGCAGGUUUAUUGGUCAGAUGGGUUCGCGGUAGCCGCAGCCGUGUUGAGAGGGACUUAGUUAAUCUUGGUUACUGUCCUUUAAUUGGAAAAUUACUAGAUAGGUAUAUCUGCUUUUAAUAUAAUUUUGUAACAAAGAAUUAAGUUUUUGUACACUAGGUGUUACGACCAACUUGUAUUUUUUACCCGUUUUUAUUAUACCAUGUUUUUAUAGUUUUCUGUUAUAAAUACUUUGUACAAUAAUCAUAGACAAUGCAUUGUCAUCUGUAAAUUUAUAAAACAAAUUAAAAUCAGUGCUCAACCAA